UAUUGCGCAUGCGCAGCCGGAGCACCGCGUCAGUUUCGAUUCUCUACCGACAGAAACACAAACCGCUUCGCAUCAGUGACAGAAACCGAAUCAAACUCUCCGGAUUCCUCACAGCGGUCUGCUUUCACCGGUCUGUUCUCCUCAGAUACUCCAAACGCGGAGAAAUGUCACGCGGAGGUCAGAGAUCACACACAAACGCCUCUAAACAGACGGCUUCUCUGAAAGCCAAAGGACUCAAAGACAUCAGGAUCGAUGAAGAAGUCAAAAUCUCUGUAAAUAUCGCUCUGGAGAGGUUCCAGUACAGCGACGAGAAAGAGCUGGAUUUCCCUUCUUCAUUGACAAAUUCUGAGAGAGCGUUCAUACAUCGGCUCGCUCAGUCCCUGGGUUAUGUCUCAAAAAGCAGAGGGAAAGGCUCCAAUCGAUAUCUCACAGUAAAGAAGAAGGACGGGACGGAGGCGUCUCGCUCCAUCAUGACCUGUAACCUCUCUCACAACUCCAAACACAUGGUGCAGAGCCUUCUGCAGAGGUUCCCCAUCACCCACAAAGAGCGCAGUGAACUACAGCCGCGCACAGAGAGAGCCGUCUUCCCUUCCCCUGACGCCAGCGACAGUAAAAGCAGGACCAGCGGUCGUCUGAGUCACGGUAUUCCUCAGGUUCCUCAGAAACGUGGCCCGUCUGAACUGGACUGUUUCCGGAGAGCGCUGCCCGUAUAUGAACGCCAGGAGGAGAUCAUACAAACCAUCAGGGAGAACCAGGUGGUGCUGGUUUUGGGUGAGACUGGCUCAGGCAAAACCACACAGAUCCCACAGUUCCUGCUGGACGACUGCUGUCGGAGCGGGAUUCCCUGCCGGAUCUUCUGCACUCAGCCCAGGAGACUGGCCACCAUCGCUGUGGCGGAGCGCGUGGCGGCUGAGCGCGGCGAGAAGAUCGGACAGACCAUCGGCUAUCAGAUCCGCCUGGAGAGCAGAGUUUCCCCUAAAACCCUGCUGACGUUUUGCACGAGUGGAGUUCUUCUGCGGACGCUGAUGUCCGGCGACGAAGCCCUGUCCACCGUCACGCAUGUCAUUGUGGACGAGGUGCACGAGCGAGACGGCCUGACCGACUUCUUACUCACUAAGAUGAAGGAGCUUGUCCAGAAGACUCCGUCGCUGAAGCUAAUCCUGUCCAGCGCUACCCUGGACGUCAAUCUGUUUGUCAGAUACUUCGGAGACUGUCCUGUUAUUCACAUCAAAGGUUGUCCAUAUGAGGUCAAGCAGCUCUUUCUGGAGGACAUCCUGCGGACCACCGGCUACACCAACAAAGACAUGAAGAAAUACAAGAAGGAGGCGCAGAAAGAGGAGAGACAGCAGACGUCUCUGACAGAGUGGUGUGACGCCCGUCUAGACGUCUCGCAGCCGGACGCUCCGAGGGAAAAGACGCAUACUUGUGUCCUGCAGGAGAACGACCUUCUGGAUGACGGCGGCGACAGCGUCUUCAGUCAGAUGAGCGAGAAGGACGUGGCCACGCUAGAGCCCUGGCUGCUCAGAGAAAUGGACGCCUGCAUCUCCAACAUCUUCUUGAACCAAGACGCCGACGCCUUCGUGCAGCUCUUCAAUCUGAUCCUGAACGAGAACAUCAGCGUGGAUUACAGACACAGCGAGACCAGCGCCACGCCGCUGAUGGUGUCUGCCGGACGGGGUUUUCUCAGCCAGAUGGAGCAGCUCCUCAGCAUGGGUGCAAACGUCAACAUCAAAGCCUCCAACGGCUGGACGGCUCUCGACUGGGCCAAACACUUCAGUCAAACUGAGGCUGUCGAUCUGCUGGAGUCUCACAUAUGGUGUGUUGAAUCAGGUCAGCUGGACGAGUCGUCUCUGGUCCAGACGGCCGCGUCAGAGCUGAAUCCCGAGGACCAGGAGCUGCUCAAAGCGUAUCAUCACAGCUUCGACGAUGAGAAAGUCGACCUGGAUGUCAUCCUGCAUCUGCUCUCCAGCAUCUACCAGAGCUCUGACGAGGGCGCAGUGUUGAUAUUCCUGCCCGGCUACGAUGAGAUCGUUUCUCUGAGAGAUCGCAUCCUCUUUGAUGAUAAAAGGUUUACAGAUCACCAGCAAAGGUUUCAGGUGUUCAUACUGCACUCUAGUAUGCAGACGUCAGACCAGAAGAAGGUUUUGAGGAACACGCCUAAAGGUGUUCGCAAAAUAAUUCUCUCGACCAACAUCGCAGAGACCAGUAUCACAGUCAACGAUGUUGUUUUUGUCAUCGACUCCGGCAAAGUUAAAGAGAAAGCCUAUGACGCUCUGAAUAACGUGACCAUGCUGAAGAUGGUGUGGAUAUCGAAGGCCAGCGCUCUGCAGAGGAAGGGCAGAGCGGGCCGCUGCAGACCAGGCAUCUGUUUCCAUCUCUUCAGUCGUCUGAGGUUCAACAACAUGCUGGAGCAUCAGAUUCCUCAGCUGCUGCGCAUGCCGCUACAGGAGCUGUGUCUGCACACUAAACUCCUGGCGCCCGUCACCUGUCCGAUCGCAGAGUUCCUGUCUAAAGCACCUGAGCCGCCACACCUGCACACCAUCAAACAUGCCGUACAGAUGCUGAAGACCAUCGACGCCAUGGACCCCUGGGAGAACCUGACAGAGCUGGGCUAUCACCUCGCUGACCUGCCCGUGGAGCCGCACUUAGGGAAGAUGGUUCUGUGUGCGGUGGUGCUGAAGUGUUUGGACCCCAUCCUCACCAUCGCCUGCACACUCGCCCACAGAGACCCCUUCGUUCUUCCCGCUCAAGCCGCUCAGAAGCGCGCCGCCAUGCUGUGCAGAAAACGCUUCACUGCCAACACCUUCAGCGACCACAUGGCUCUGCUCCGCGCCUUUCAGGCCUGGCAGAAGGCUCGCAGUGACGGCUGGGAAAGAGCGUUCUGCGAGAAGAACUUCCUCUCUCAGGCCACCAUGGAGAUCAUCGUCGGGAUGCGGACGCAGCUUCUGGGACAGCUUCGAGCUACAGGGUUCGUGCGAGCGCGGGGCGGCGGUGACAUCCGCGACGUCAAUCAGAACUCGGAGAACUGGGCCGUAGUGAAAGCCGCUCUGGUCACUGGCAUGUAUCCCAACCUGAUCCAUGUGGAUCGGGACAGUCUGAGCCUCAUGGGCUCCAAAGAGAAGAAGGUUCGCUUCCACCCGACCUCUGUCCUCAGCCAGCCGCAGUACAAGAAGAUCCCUCCAGCCAAUGGUCAGGCAGCAGCAGUGGAGUCCCUGCCCACUGAUUGGCUGAUUUAUGACGAGAUGACCCGCGCUCACAGGAUCGCCAGUGUCAGGUGCUGCUCUGUGGUCACGCCCCUCAGCGUCGCCAUCUUCGCAGGAAGUGCCAAACUCCCCAGCUCCGCCCUCCAGGAGCCCGCCGUCCACAGAGGAGCUGAUGCUGUGAAUGACAGCAGUGACAGUGAGGUGGAGGAUCGCUCCAGCGCUCGUCUGGCUCACAUCAGCAUCGACGACUGGCUCCACUUCAAACUCCACGGAGAGACGGCGGAGCUGCUGUUCGGUCUGAGGCAGCGCUGGCAGAGUCUGUUCCUGCGGCGGAUCCGCUCUCCGUCCAAGUCCUGCUCUCAGCUGGACGAGGCCACCAUCCGCGCGCUGGUGUCGGUUCUGUCGGCCGAGGAGCAGAGCGCAGGCCUCCAGCAGCCCACCGGCAUCGGCCAGAGACCUCGACCCAUGACCGCAGACGACCCCCUGCAGACGCCGGCCGGCCGGAGCGCAGCGGAGCAUCAGGAGCUGGAGGAGCGCAGCAGCCCAGACAGGCCUCGGCUGGCGUCUCAGCUGAAGAAUCACAGAGCUCUUCACUCCAAACAUCUGGGAGACGAGAACGGCCCCGUGAAGAGCGCUGACGGACCCUCGUCCCCGUCCUCGGGAGCACGCUGCUCGUCUCCGUCCUCACGUCUGCUGCGAUCCAGCGUCCGCUACUUCAUCAUGAAGAGCAGUAACAUGAGGAACAUCGAUCUGUCCCAGCAGAGGGGAAUCUGGUCCACGACGCCCAACAACGAGCACAAGCUGACGCGAGCCUUCGUCGAGAGCAGCGCCGUCUUCCUCGUCUUCUCCGUCCAGGGAUCCGGACACUUCCAGGGUUACGCGCGCAUGGCGUCGGCGGUCAGCGGCGAGCGCUGUCUGGACUGGGGCUCGGCCGGCCUGGGCGGUGUGUUCGGGGUGGAGUGGAUCCGUAAAGACAGUCUGCCGUUCCAGCUCACGCAGCAGCUGCUGAACCCCUGGAACGACAACAAGAGAGUACAGAUCAGCCGAGACGCACAGGAAGUGGAGCCGCAGACAGGAAGUCAGUUACUGCAGCUCUGGGAGCGAAUCUGAGCCCAUCACAUACGUCACUGUGAUCUUUACAUCAUUUAUGAGGAUUAAUGGACUUAAGUCUUCUUCUUUCUGGCUGUGUAACAUGAAUAGCGUGUUCUCAGGGUGAGUCGGGCCUCAUGAACAUCAGCGAUUAAAUGUUUCAUGAAUCUUGUGUUUUUAAAAUCUUCACCGAAUGCGUUGGCUCUGAUCAGUUCAGUGUGCUGCUUUUAAUUGCUGUGCAAAUGUUUUUGUCAUCUAUGAUGACUUUGCACAAAGUGUUCACUGUUGCAGUGUUGAAAUGUUUGUUUAGCGGAUAAAGGGAAAAAUAUGAAAUAUUUUGUGAAACGGAAGGACAGUUUGGAGUUUUUGUGUUCUUGGUUCAUUGUUUUGUCUGUUAGCUCUGUUGUCAUAAGCUCUGCGUGAAAUAACUGACAUGUUGACGUUGUGAAUUAAACACUGAAAGCUGCUAUAAUAAUCCAGCCUGGCAUUUUAAUAGUGAAAACCAAAAAAAUCCAAAGCAAAGUUGAGAUUUCUGUUGGUCGACUGUUCAUUUGUGCCAUCGUAAGUUUUGAUGAAUGUUCAGUCUGUUCAUUUCUCAUGUCGUCAUCUGUAGUGAUGCAAUUGUGUAAUUUGCAAUAAAAACAUUGAAAACAA